GUGGGGGGUGUGAAACGUGCGGUUCGCUGGAAGCCCGGCACAAUUUUUAGACCUCGUCGCAGUGGGCGCUUCCCCUCACCCUCUGCUCAUCGUCGGCCAACUAUCGUCAUGUCCAAGGAGCGGGUAUCGGAAGACGACGUGUUCGACACAGAGAUCCUUCUCGACUCGGCGGCGAGGAUCAACGAUCGAAGGCGGAGCGCUGACGACGACUUCUACGGCAGCAAGCUCCGAGCCGACUCGCCAAUGGAGCCCCUGACCCGGGAAGACGAGAUGAUGAAGAAGGGACCGCCGGACUUUCGUACCAAGGAGAUCGACCUGGUCGACCGAGACCCCAAGCACAUCAACGACGACGUGGUCAAGGUGGAGUUCGAGGACGUGAUCGCCGAGCCCGAGGGCGCCUACAGCUUCGACGGCGUGUGGAAGACCAGCUUCACCACCUUCACCGUCACCAAGUACUGGUGCUACCGCCUGCUGUCGGGGCUGUGCGGCGUCCCACUGGCGCUCAUCUGGGGCUUCUACUUCGCGUGCCUCACCUUCUGCCACAUCUGGGCCGUGGUGCCGUGCGUCAAGAGCUACCUGAUCGAGAUCCAGUGCGCGUCGCGCAUCUACGCGCUCUGCGUGCACACCUUCUGCGACCCGCUCUUCGAGGCCAUGGGAAAGGCGUUCGCCACCGUCAAGGUGGCGCUACGCAAAGAAGUGUGACGGGCCUGUGGCAGCGGCGGCGGCGGCGGUGGUGGCGGCGGCAGUGGUGGCACGAUGGGGGCCUUGGCCGCCGGUUUUCACGAAACGCCGAGAGGCUUCAUUUCGUGUGGGGUUGCCACCCGUGCGUAAAUUAGUAUCUUCCUCCUCCUCACUUCAAUCUCCCCGUGGUCCGUGCGACCGUCGGUGUACAUCAUCUGUUCAUGCUCUUCCUUCAUCCGAUUCCACGAUUCAUAUCAUCAUCAGCCAUGCUCUAUCCCCUUCUGGAUGAAGCCCCCCUCCCCCCGCCCUUUCCCCCACCCGAGACCUCACCAUCUCUCGCUUUUCGUAAGAACACGCGUGGCUCCCGCACACGAGCUCCUUUAAUCGCUCCGUCUCUCUCUCUCUCUCUGCGGUGGAUGUCCUCUGGGAUGCGUUCCGUUCCUCGGCCGCCACCCCCGUCACUAUUCUCGAACGUCGGUAACCGUCACCUUUUAGCGACGUGCGCUGCCAAAGCCACGCUCGCUUUUUAUGAGCGGUAUCAAAGGCCCACGCCGCAGCGUAACCGUUAGGGCCCUGUACGUACUAUGAAGCCGGCGACCCGGGUUUGUUUGCCAGCCACUGGUAACAUUGGUGGCGAGCGAUGUAUCUGACCCUGGUUCUGGCCACCUGCCAACUUCAGGAACCCACACUGACCCAGCGUGCUGAAGUAUGGUCAACCAAUCCUAAUGACUGACACACCGUGGUUAGGCCACUAUCCAGCAGUCGAUUAACAAAGGGCUGUAAAUUAUUACUCAAUUAUUAAUUAAUUUUUGCGAACAUUUAGACGAAAAUGUAUACUUGCAAACAUUAAGUCUGGCUCCACGUAUAUUUUUUUGAAGAAAUUAAAAUUUACGCGUGCUUACAAACUAUGGGCCAUCUCUGUUCAUAAAAUUAAAAACGAUGGCCGAAUUACAGCACAUUUAUACAGAACAUAUACAUAUAUGCGCUUGUAGGCAGAAGAUCACGGAGUAAAAAAUGGACCGCGAUGAUUUACUCAUUAACUUAUUGCAUUGUCGUGUUCUUUUACUCUCUCAAACAUUAUCGCAUCGAUCGUGUAACCCUUUUGCGGUCUCUCACGAAAUGUUAUAAUUGACGUAAAGUCCUCCGAGGUUGUUUCUCUCUCUCUCUCUCUCUCUUCGUGUUGCAGCAGAGUUUAUGAACCAAGUUCUCUUCUUUGUUGAUGACAGUUCCCAUUGGUGCUCUUGCCGGGGUCUUUAAACGUGCCGACUGCUCGUCAGCUGAUAGCGCUCCCCAGCAAACAUGGAACGUUGGACCAACGUUGGCACAACGUUGGUUCCAACCAGGUGCCAACGUAAGCGCAACUGGCAUGUAGUUUGAACCAUUGGACCAACAUUGACCCAACGUUGGCCCGACUUUGCUAUGUUUGCUGGGUCCUCGCCGCAGACAGCAUUCAGCGGGGCUUUUACGAAAUAAACUAUCCGAUUAAAAGUU